AUGAGCUCCCUCAAAAUACACACCGGCCAGGUGUCUAUUACCCAUGACGUGGGACUCUAUGAAUGCACUAAAAUUAUGGUUCAUACUUACCCUACCACUACACUCCGUUUCCCAGUUGCCUGCACUCAGCUGGACUGGCUUCAUAAGAGUUAUAGGGACUUUCCUGGUGGUCCAGUGGUUAGCACUUUACCUUUCAAUGCAGUGGGUGCGGGCUUGAUCCCAGAUUGGGGAGCUAAAAUCCCACAUGCCUUGCAGCCAAAAGACCACAGCCUAAAACAGAAGCAAUAUUGUAACAAAUUCAGUAAAGAUUUUAAAAAUGAUCCACAUCAAAAAAAUCUUUUAAAAAAGAGAGAGAGGAUUGUAUGCAGAGACUUGGAAACCAACUGGCAUAGAAUACCAGCUCCACCACUUCUUAUCUCUGUGACCUUAGGCAAAGCACUUAACCUCUCUAUGCCUCAACUUCCUCAUCUAAAAGCCAAGCUAACUAAGCCCAUGCAUAUGCACACUUGCUAA